AUAGUGCACCCCUGGAUUCAAUCCCUAGUAUGGCAAAAAAGAGAAAAGAGCCCAUAUGGUGGUUUUGAUGUGACUUGUACAGUUCUUUCUAUUUUUCACUUUUUGACUUAUGAGAAACAAAAUGAAACCAUCUCCUUACCCUCAUGUUGGGAGAGAAUAGCCUCCUCUCUCUAUAGUUUCCAUUCCCUUUCUCUCACUUUCUCAGGCACCAAAGUCUUCUCCAAAACCCUACUCUAUCACCGGGUCAGGAGCCUUCUCUCUGUGGCUCCUGAAUCUGCAUUCUUAACCCACUGGAUGGGAGUCUUUAGUCUCUUCCAGUUCCUCCUCCAAAGAUGUAUUCUAGAAGCUUCAGCCUCAGGGAGAUGAUUGAGGGAUGUCUUUGACCCUCCUGCAGCCAUGAUCACUGUCUUGCUGCCCUCUCUGGCUUUCAGGCUUGAGAAUAUGCCGUAUCUCCCUCCCCUUUCUGCCAAGGACCCCACAUUGUGGUCUUUCUCUAAGAAUCCCUAAGAUUGGUAUCCAAGGCAAGGCAAAAUGCCCCUCCCCCCAACAAGACUGUUCAGCCCAUAUGGCUCUGAUCGGUUGGUCCAGCUAGCAGCCAGGCUCCGGCCAGCACUAUGUGAUACCAUGAUCACCGUAGGAGACCAGGAGUUCCCUGCACACAGCCUGGUACUAGCAGGUGUGAGCCAGCAGCUGGGCUGCAGGGGCCAGUGGGCUCUGGUAGAAGGCAUCAGCCCUUCCACCUUUGCCCAGCUUUUGAGCUUUGUUUAUGGGGAGAAUGUAGAGCUGCAGCCUGGGGAGCUGAGGCCUCUUGAGGAAGCAGCCAGGGCUUUGGGGGUGCAGGCCCUGGAAGAGGCAUGCAGGAGGGCUCGAAGGGACAAGGCUGAAGAACUGGAUGAAGGGCUGAAGAAACAUCAGGAGGAGCCAGAGAAACCCACAAGGGAUUCAGAUUCAGAAAGAGGACUGUGGGGGCUCGGAGAGAUGCAAAAACCAAAGGAGACAUUGCACGGGCACAAACCACCAAUAGAGUACUCUGAGAUGACAAGAGCAAUACCAGAAGGUCAGGGGGAGAUGAGAUCAGAGAAGAAACUCAGUCAAAUCCCUGUUGACUACCAGGGAGCAGAUAGAGAGCAAGGAGUGGUCGUGAGGGUGACAGAGAGAACAGGGGGCUCUGAGGAAAGUCUUCGGGGGUUCCCUAGUCCCCUUCCCCCAGCAGGUUCCCUCCAAACCAGCAUCAUCCCCAAGCCUUGGUGGGCCGAGGCCCCCUGGUUGGGGGAGGACCAGCCUGCCCUGUGGAGCAUCUUGCUGUGGCCGCCCAGAUAUGGCACUCCCUUCUCCCAUAGCACACCCAGCACUGGAACCUGGCAGGAGGUCUGGCCUUGGAACCAGAGGAUCCCUCUGACCCUGAACAGCCCUAAAGGGUUCUGGAGUCAGAAUCAGUUGGCUUCCUCCAGCCCUACCCCAGGUUCCCUCCCCCAGGGCUCUGUGCAGGUCAGCCCUGGGGAGAUGGAAGACUCUGGGCAGGAGCGCACAGGCUCCCGGACAACCUGUGUGGGUCAUGAGGGCACGGCAGGCUGCCCAUCUCGCCAACACCCUCCCCCGCCUCCUGCUCGGUCUCGGCCCUAUUCUUGCUCUGUCUGUGGAAAGAGGUUUGCACUCAAGCAUCAGAUGGAGACGCACUACCGAGUCCACACAGGAGAGAAACCCUUCUCCUGUAGCCUCUGUCCUCAGCGCUCCCGGGACUUCUCUGCCAUGACCAAGCACCUGCGGACACACGGGGCUGCUCCCUACCGCUGCCCUCUGUGCGGGGCCGGCUGCCCUAGCCUGGCCUCCAUGCAGGCGCACAUGCGCGGCCACUCGCCCAGCCAGCUCCCGCCCGGAUGGACCAUACGCUCCACCUUCCUCUACUCUUCCUCCUCCUCAUCCUCGAGGCCGUCCCAGGCCUCCACCUCUCCUGGUAGUGCCCCCUCCACCACCACCUGACGGUGUGUUGGUAGGUCCUUUGGCCCCAGACGAAUCCAAUUAGAUUUAGCAAAUCUGACUUCAGAAGCGCCGCAGGACAGGAGCCGAGAGCCCUCUCCCGGAUGAUUGCGGGUUACAGAAGCCUGGGUCAGCGAGCUCCUGUGGGCUGAAAUUCGCACGAGUGAGGACUAACUGUAUGGGGACUGUUGAUUUUAUCACCAUAAUAAAAGAGUUUCCUGUGCUCUCUGGUCUGGACAGGAAAGCCGA